AUGGAUCUCUAUGCGCAGAACGAGACAUCCAGUUCAGCCGAGUGCGUCGGAGCGCAGACUGACGUGCCUCACGACGGAACCGGCAACGGGAGCCUGGAGACCUCAAACAUCACCUGCGGCAACGCCUUCACACUCCUCAUACCUCGGCGUGUGAGGCAGAGAGAUGAGGACCACACGCUGCGGAUCCUGCUCUACUCGCUCAUCUUCUUCCUGAGUGUAUUUGGCAACCUGCUGAUCAUUGUGGUGCUGACAGUCAAUAAGCGCAUGCGCACUGUGACCAACACUUUCUUGCUGUCGCUCGCUGUCAGUGACCUGAUGAUGGCUGUCUUCUGCAUGCCCUUCACCCUCAUCCCCAGCAUCCUCAAGGACUUCAUCUUUGGAGCCGCUAUGUGCAAGAUAGUGUCCUACUUCAUGGGCAUAUCAGUGAGCAUCUCUACAUUUAGCCUGGUUGCCAUAGCGAUUGAGCGUUACAGUGCCAUCUGUAACCCCCUGAAGUCACGGGUGUGGCAGACCCGUUCCCAUGCCUAUCGGGUGAUUGCUGCUACGUGGGUGCUGGCCUUCAUCAUCAUGAUCCCCUACCCAAUCAUCAGUCACCUGGAGUCUUUUCAGCGCCCUGACAACACCACAGCGCACCAGUGUCGCCACAAGUGGCCCCUUGCAAUGGCAGAGCAGACCUGGUACAUUCUGCUUCUGCUUGUGCUGUUUGCAGUCCCGGGGGUGGUGAUGAUUGUGUCUUACGGGCUGAUCUCCAGGGAACUUUAUAGAGGCAUCCAGUUUGAGAUGGGCUACAAAAAAGACUCAACUGAUGUGAAGAAUGGCCUGGCGUCCACUGUGUCUAAUGGUAGUGAUGAGGGAGACGGUUGCUACGUUAAUGUCGUCCAGCGGCCGCACUCGAUGGAGAUGUCCACCAUGGCUGCAUCGGGCAGGGCAGUCAAGGCAGAGCGGCCACGCAGCAACACAUCUGAGGCCAAACUGGAGGCCAAGAAGCGAGUCAUCCGCAUGCUGGUGGUAAUUGUUGCCCUGUUCUUUCUCUGCUGGAUGCCAGUGUACUGUGCCAACACCUGGCGGGCCUUUGACGACGACUCUGCCAAACACGCCCUCUCAGGGGCCCCCAUCGCUUUCAUCCAUUUGUUGUGCUACACCUCUGCAUGCGUCAACCCAAUUAUUUACUGCUUCAUGAACACACGUUUCCGCAAAGCUCUGCUUGCCACGUUCUCGUGCUGCGCCGCACCUUGCCAUCGUCGUCGUCGUGGUGCGCUACGGGACAACGAGGAGGAUGUUAUGGCGAUGGGAGCGUCCAUGUCCAAGUUCAGUUACACUACAGUCAGCACCAUGGGAACCUGCUGA